AUGGAUUUGGAUGGGUUCGACCAAGCAGCCAGGGCGACCGGCUCUGGGUCAACAAGGCUUCCGGAGCGGCCACAGGCGAAGGAUGCGUUGGCAUACAUAGACAACGAAUGGUAUACGCUGACAAGCAGACGUGGACGAUGGAUGGAUCUGAUUGGAGAUUAUGCUGGGAGCGAGAUGUUCGUCCUCGACGGGGAAGCCCUGCUGCAAGAAGCACUGAACGACCAGUUGCUUGCUUUAGGGCGGGAAGGCGAGCCCAGUUUUCAGAUCUUGCAUGCUACAUACUCUCUCGAGAGGAUGCUCAACGAGUACAAGAUGCGCUCUGCUACGUUCGAUAUUGUAUUUUGGCAUGAGAGCCGGCAUCUGACGAUACAGACCGGGCGUCCUGAGGACGUUCAUACGUCCCGAAGCCUAGCUCGUGCGAUGUUGUUCAAACAUCUGGGAUGUCUGGACAUUGCGGUACACACAUUCGAGAAUCUGCAUGACCCAAAUUGGCUCAAUUAUCAGCGUGUUACCAAGCCGAUGUUCGUGAUGACGAAUGACGGAGGACUUAUCAGUCGCAAAUUCGAUGACCAGUCGCUCCGCGCUGAAGCGUUGCUUGUCCAACGUGUCUUCAUCUUCAAUCUUCUGGCGCAGGGUAUUACAGUGUCGCUACUCCAUGGCGCGGAAUACAGAGACUCUAAGAUUGUGACGUUCAUUUACGAGCAGCGCCACAAUCCUAACGCCCGGAGCCAACUUCCUGAGGCGUUAUGGGCUGCAAGUAGUGCGGCUGCGAAGGCAUUGGAAGCUCGCGAAUCCCAUGUACGACAUGGUCUUCCGGUCCUUCCCUUGGCUACCUUCGCCCCGCAGAGCGUACAAGCCCCCUCCGAGACCUGGAUGGCCGUUUUGCUGAAGAGGCUCUCAUCGGUGCUGGACCUUCGCCAAGUGGGGAUGACAGAGUUGCUGUAUACCUUCAUUGCUCACCUCAUUGUCGUUCCCACCCUCUCGGUCCAGCAACGGGCUCAGAAGCUGGAGACAAUACACCCUAGCCUGAGCGCGAUGCUCGUUGGCACGUUCUUGCCAACGGCGUUCCUUGCUCUUGAGAGUGUCUUGGCUCGCAGCCAACCCGAAGUAGACGGCCACAUAUACGUCGCCUUGCUGAAUUUUGCCAUGACGCGUCCUGGCCAGUCGCCUUCUGAGCUCUUCGGCGCUAUGGUCAGCUCGCGCCUGGCUGCGCUGUGGUCUGCUGUCGGCAUCAGCAACUGCGACUUCACUACACUUCGUGCCCGGUUCCCCCAACCUGCUCCGAGUCGGCCGUCAGACAGCACGGGGCGUCCGCCGGCGGUCCGUGCUCUCCUUCCCUUCAAUAACCGUAUUUUCGAUGAGCAUCUCGCUGCCGUAACUGUAGACGUUGAAGCCGAGGAUUCUCUCGAGCUGACACAACACCUCGACUUCAACACGAUCUUCAACGACGUCUAUCACUGGCACAAUGACAAGCGCGCUAUCCUGCCUGCUCAUCUAGGCGGAGAGGCGUAUCAGCCCAUGGAUGAGUUUCAGCGACGCAAGGCACUGCGCCGCGCGCAGCAUUUCAUGGCUUCUAUGGAACGCCAGGCGCAAACUCUGACAGGAGCCUUCGGGAUACCUCUCGAGCGCAUGCUCAUUCUACCUGUCGGUUCACAGCCACGACGAGCUGUCCCACGCACCAUACAGGCGAAACCAGUACCCCAUCAAUCAAAGAAGGGAAAGAAAGAGCACGUCUCGUCCGCGGAUAAGAUCCGGUUGGCAAACAACGAGAAGAAACAUACCAAGCUGAACGAUUCGAACGUGCCGUGGUGGAAGGAGCAGCUCGACACCAUCGCCUCCAUGUCUACGUCUCGGCAAAUUGUGCACAUCGAGAACAUCCAGCGGAACAAGCGGACCUUUGAAGGAUGGCUCACGGUCGAAGUACGCCUCUUCCGACUGCACCUGGAAUUUGUCCGUUGGAUCGAGGACGAUGAGCGCGAGACUGCGGCCGUGCAGGACCGGACCACGGUUGCGGUCUUGCGGAUGGUGAAGGAUACGUACCAACAGCCGAAUCUCUUCCCCGCUGCCGUUGACAUCCUCGACACGUGUCUCAACGUCAUCGCCUUGUCGUCCAUGAUCAGCGAUUUGAAGACGUCGUCUCCUGAGCAGUCAGACGUCGAACACAAACUAGCCUUCAAGUUCGUCAAGCUGAUGAAAUCGAAGACGAAAUCGGCUGUCUACAAAUUCAUGCGCAUACGCGAGGACCCUAUCGUGUGGCAGCUUCGUCUGUUCGGCGAAUACAUGGAUCGGAGUAUGGAUAGUCAGUACGAUCCCAGGGUUCCGUUCAAGCCAGACGCAUGGCAGCGGGAUGUCCUCGACUGCUUGGACGACAACCAGUCUGUCCUCGUUGUGGCGCCGACAAGUGCCGGAAAGACAUUCAUCUCGUACUACGCUAUGGAGCAAGUACUCAGACAGUCAGACGAUGGCAUCUUGGUCUACGUCGCACCAACCAAAGCUCUCGUGAACCAGAUUGCGGCCGAAGUGUAUGCUCGAUACAAGAAGGAGUUGAGAGGACGGAGCUGUUGGGCGAUCCAUACAAGAGACUAUCGGAUCCAUGACCCUCAGAAGUGCCAGAUCCUUGUCACCGUUCCGGAGAUGCUUGCGAUCAUGCUUCUUUCGCCUCCCCUGGCUCGCAUCUGGACCCCCCACAUCAAACGUAUCAUCCUUGACGAGAUUCAUUCCAUCGGCCAGCAGGAAGGUGGGGCAGUAUGGGAGCAGAUUCUACUCUUCGCGCCAUGCCCAAUCAUCGGGCUCUCGGCUACAAUCGGACAUCCCGAAGAGUUCAACGACUGGCUUAAGUCCGUUCAGGAGGCGCAUCACUUCAAGCACACCUUCAUCCACCACCCGCAUCGGUACUCGCAUCUUCGCAAAUUUACUUACGCCAUGCAGGACGAGAAGCCCGCAACGUUGUCAUUCAAGGGCAUCGACAGCCACAGUAACACUGGUCGUACACGCUUCCUACACCCCGUCUCAUUGCUCUCAUUUGGUGUCCAUGAGAUCCCACCCGACUUCUCUCUCGAAGCAGCUGAUUGUCUUUCGUUGUACGAGGCGCUGUCUGUACAUGCCAAUCAGCCGUCAUGCGGCUUCGACUUGGACCACGUGAAUCCAACCCGCUUUUUCGCAAGUACUGCUGGUCCUCUCCUGAAACAACAGGACAUCCUGCGAUAUGAAGCUCAGCUCAAGACGAUCGUCAACAACCUAGUCGCCGCAAGAGACCAACAGGAUAUUCAAUCGCCUCUGAACAAGGUCAUCGAAUACCUAACCGAUCCUGCUGUGAAGGCGUUGGACCACCAUGCGAUCCCCGAUCGUUCUCGGUUCAUGCAAAACCUGAUAUAUCUUGUGUCUGAUCUGCACGCCAGUGGUGAUCUGCCUGCAAUCUUGUUCAACUUCGAUCGCAAGGCAUGCGAAACGAUGUGUCAACGACUGCUGGAGGAGUUGACCACUGCGGAAGAGCAAUGGAGGGAAACUAGCCCUGAGUGGCGACGAAAGAUGGCCCAAUGGGAAGUCUGGAAGGUUCAGGCUGCGGCACGCAAACGCCAGUCGGAGAAGGAGACACGAUCGAAGAAUCGGGUAGAUGUCGAAGCCGAACAGGGGGAGAGCAGCACGACUUGGGAGAGCUCCUUCGAUCCUCACGAUCCGUCCCCUCAAUUUUCAUUCACCAGCAAAUCGUCAGUGUACUCGAAGAGCGACCUGGAAGACGAACUGCGUUCACUGGAGCGAUGGUCAUCUGUGCCGAAAUGGGCACUGAACGCUCUACGCAGAGGAAUUGGCGUGCACCACGCAGGUAUGAACAAGCGUUACAGAACAAUGGUGGAGAGUCUGUUUCGGCUAGGUGUCGUCCGAGUUGUGGUCGCCACAGGGACGCUGGCUCUGGGGAUCAAUGCACCUGCAAGGACUUCCGUCUUCUGUGGCGACUCGCCUUUUCUAACGGCGCUGAUGUUCCGUCAAUGUGCUGGUCGUGCCGGCAGACGAGGCUUUGACCUCCUAGGGAAAGUCGUCUUCUAUGGCGUCGCCAUAGAUCGGUGCCAGCGAUUAGUCCUGUCAAGACUUCCCUCUCUCGGCGGCAAUUUCCCGCUCACGUCGACGAUGGUGCUGCGCCUCUUCAAUUUGCUUCAAGGAUCCGACUAUGCACCUUUCGCCGAGCAAGCGGUCGUUAGUAUCCUCACUUUACCCCAUAUCGGAUUCAGAUCCAACAUCGGGAACGAACAAGUAGUCCACUUUAUGCGCUUCAGCAUCGACUACCUGCGCCGAGCAAGUCUACUCGACGCCCAGGGGAACCCCAUCAAUUUAUUCGGAAUCGCCUCUCACCUUUACUACACCGAACCCGGGAACCUUGCUUUGAUCGCUCUUCUUCGUCACGGAGUUGUUCAUCGGAUAUGCUGUCAAUCGGACACAGUCUCCGCCAAACGGGGGCUUCUGCUCCUGUUGUGCCAUCUAUUCGGACGCCGAUACCUCCCCAGGAUCUAUGCAGCGGAUGAGAACCUCCAGCAGCUCAUCAAGAAGUCUCCCUCCAUGGUCACGCUCCCACCCAUGCCGGAAGACGCGAAGAACAUCCUUGAUACUCACGACUCGGAAAUCCUAUCCACUUUCACAAGUUACGCCCUAGCAUAUGCUACUCAACACCAUGCUAUACUGGGCUCUGAUGUCGGGUUGCCAUUGAGCGAUGUCGAAGCUGUCCCCAGCUCACCUCGUUCUGAUCCCCCUUCUUCAUUCGUCGAGCAUCUCGAUCAACGUGCUGUCAGGCCAAUCGCGAGGUCAUCCUUUGUCGCUAACUCUGGGCACGAUGACCAGUAUCAGACCGUGGAGGAACUCACUCGGACCAGCCGUGAUGGCCUCCACCUCAACCAGUACGCCAUUCCAUCUAUGCGACUGUUCACGUCGCACUCGAGCCGGGAGAAUGAUGGUUAUGUGCUCAACGCCUACAUCCUCGACUUCUACAUUCACGGGCAACCUGCAGCGCUCAAGUCAGCCAAUGCGAUACGUGAUAACGACAUGUGGUAUCUGCUGGACGACUUCACCUUGACUCUGAAGUCCAUCAGAGCCGGUCUUGGGCAGCUAUUGUGGAAGGCGUCUACCGAGGCCGUCAGUGCCGAAGAAGACGACAACGGUUUACCGAAAGUCAUAGAUGCGGGCACGAAGGCAAAGGGAGUGAACGACGAAGACGUAGUGGAGGCAGUGCCGCCCGCAGAGAUGGAGGGAGACGGUAGUGACUCAGAGGAUGAAGGAAUGGAGCUCACUCGUCCAACUGACAUCUCCGAUCAAGACUGGGCAGUCUACAAAAUCGUGCAUAUGGUGACGACGGAGUUCGAGGAGAAGUUCCGUGCGAUUGGGUCAUGA